AUGAGUGAUCAACAGCCCCCUGUUCAACCCCAGCAUUCCCUAGAGGAUGCGAACGAAGAGCCUCCUGUGAAACGGACUUGCAUGAAUGAUACGCCACCCAUUGCCCUAACACCUGCGGACGAUGGAAGUGACUUCUACAACACGCCGUGGGUUGCGCGCACGCCUGCAGAACCUAUCGAACACUCGGGAGCCGCUAUUCAGGGUCAAACCAAUGAACCAGUCACGACAUCCCAUCCUUCGACACUGAUCCCAGGGUUAAACCUUGUCAAUGAUAGUCUCAAAGAUCUGCAGCCAGCGCAGAGCGAUCCAAGCCUGUCGCCUAACCCCGCCACUCAGGAUGGGGCGCAAACGGAUACACAAACUGGUAUGGAUAUUGAAGAAACGGAGCCUAAGAAACAAGAGCCUCCCGUGGAGAGCACCGGCAAGGUCGAGGGGGAACAAAAUUCAGAACCACGUAACCAGGCCGAAGCUGCAACACAGGGCCAAGCGGGCAACAACAAUACCAAUGGCGACGCAAGCGGGACAGGAACUGUGCCUCCCCUAGAUACUAUGGAACAUGAUCAAGCCGAACAGGAUGAGGAGGACGAGGAGCAUCCCGAAUGGGAGAUCGAUUCUUCCCCCUACGAGUCAUCUUCCGAUGAUUCUUCUAGCGAUUCCUCAGACGACAGCGACGAGGACGACGAAGACUACCCAAUUCUCAGCCCCGAAGAACAAGCCCGGAUUUUGAUGCAGGCAGAACUUGGUUCCGACGAUGAAGGAGAAGGGAAGGGUAAAUCGGGUGGUCAUAUCAGAACGGCAAAUGAACUUCCAGAAGAAGCGCCCCCUAUCCCGGAUGUCACUGUGACUCCGGAAAUGAAGAUCGUGUUACUGGGACAUGUGCAGGCAAUUGUCGAGAACACGGUCCUGAUCGCGGCGAACACUUCUGGAGAGUACCAGGUACUGGAAUCGGGCUCAUUACUCUGCCUUGAAGAUAGAAGUAUCACUGGUGUGGUUGCUGAGACACUGGGAAGAGUCGAGGAACCAUUGUAUACUAUCCGGUUCCCUACUGCUGCGGCUGUCGAGGAACGUGGUCUUUCUAAAGGAAAGACCGUUUACUACGUUGAGCAACAUUCUACGUUUGUGUUUACUCAGCCUCUCAAGGGAAUGAAAGGUAGUGAUGCAUCGAAUUUCCACGAUGAGGAGAUUGGUGAGGAUGAGGUGGAGUUUUCCGACGAUGAAGCAGAAGCCGAGUACAAGCGGAAGCUGAAGCAGAAGCGCCAGGAGAGAAAGGAGGCCAGGGAUGGCCCAGCAAAGACUAAGAAGGGACCUCCAGGUCCUUCGAAGCUCAGUCAAACUGAGCUAAACUACGACGAUAACGCAGGUGAAGAUGGAUAUACUCCUCUUGCUCGCCCGAAGAACCUCCAUGAGAUGAUGAGUCGGCAGGAGGCACCUGUCGAGAACGACGCACCUUCUGGUAGAGGUAGCUUCCGUGGUGGUAGAGGUCGGGGCCGGGGCUUUGAUCGCGGCCGAGGUGGUCGUGGCCGUGGAGGCGGACCGAGAGAGACUCAGCACUAUGACCGCCAGCCAUAUCAACAGCAAGGAUCGGACGCGCAACCUCAAUCUUCCAACUACAGUCAACAAGUGUACCAGCAAACCCAACCUAAUGCUUAUGGAAUGCCACAACCAUACCCUGCGUACCCAUCUUUCCCGCAGCAGCAACAGCCUCAGCAACAGCCGCCUCAACAUCAACCACAGCACCAGUUCGGUCAAGGUGCUGUACCUCCUGGCUUCAAUGUCCAGAUGCCAUUCCAGCAGGCCUAUCCUCAACAAAACCCUUACCAGUUUCCACCCAACACGCAAAUCGACCCAAUGUUCUUGGCCGCUUUGCAAUACUCGCAGCAGGCGCAGCAACUAUUGCAGCAGAAUCGCCAACAGCAAGCUCCUGGGCAACAACCGGCGCAAGCUGCAACCAUGAAUUUUGACCAGGUCAAGGCGCAAUUAGACCUGUUGCGUCAGCUGAGCAAUAACAAUCAAGGACCACCUCGCUCAUGA